AUGUGUUUUAUGGGUUCGUCUGUCCUGCAUGUCCUGUAUGUCCUGCAUGUCCUGUAUGUCCUGUAUGUCCUGUACAUCCUGCAUGUCCUGUACGUCCUGUAUAUCCUGUAUGUCCUGUAUAUCCUGUAUGUCCUGUACAUCCUGCAUGUCCUGUACGUCCUGUAUAUCCUGUACGCCCUGUGUGUCCUGUAUGUCCUGUACGUCCUGCACGUCCUGUACGUCCUGUGUGUCCUAUACGUCCUGUAUGUCCUGUAUGUCCUGUACGUCCUGUGUGUCCUGUAUGUCCUGUACGUCCUGUAUGUCCUGUACGUCCUGUAUAUCCUGUACGCCCUGUGUGUCCUGUACGUCCUGCACGUCCUGUACGUCCUGUGUGUCCUAUACGUCCUGUAUGUCCUGUAUGUCCUGUAUGUCCUGUACGUCCUGUAUGUCCUGUACGUCCUGUAUAUCCUGUACGCCCUGUGUGUCCUGUAUGUCCUGUACGUCCUGCACGUCCUGUACGUCCUGUGUGUCCUAUACGUCCUGUAUGUCCUGUAUGUCCUGUACGUCCUGUGUGUCCUGUAUGUCCUGUACGUCCUGUACGUCCUGUAUGUCCUGUACGUCCUGUACAUCCUGCAUGUCCUGUACAUCCUGUAUGUCCUGUACAUCCUGUAUGUCAUGCAUGUCCUGUAUGUCCUGUACGUCCUGUGUGUCCUGUACGUCCUGUAUGUCCUGUAUGUCGUGUCCGUCCUGUACGUCCUGUACGUCCUGUAUGUCAUGCAUGUCCUGUAUGUGCUGUAUGUCCUGUGUGUCCUGUACGUCCUGUAUGUCCUGUAUGUCCUGUCCGUCCUGUACGUCCUGUACAUCCUGCAUGUCCUGUACAUCCUGUACGUCCUGUACGUCCUGUAUGUCCUGUAUGUCAUGCAUGUCCUGUAUGUCCUGUAUGUCCUGCACGUCCUGUAUGUGCUGUAUGUGCUGUAUGUCCUGUACGUCCUGUAUGUCCUGUACGUCCUGUACGUCCUGCACGUCCUGUACGUCCUUUACGUCCUGCACGUCCUGUAUGUCCUCUCCGUCCUGUACGUCUUGUAUUUGCUGUGUGUCCUGUGUGUCCCGUAUGUCCUGUACGUCCUGUACGUCCUGUAUGUUCUGUAUGUCCUGUACGUCCUGUAUGUCCUGUACGUCCUGUGUAUCCUGUACGUCCUGUAUGUCCUGUACGUCCUGUACGUCCUGUAUGUCCUGUACGUCCUGUACGUCCUGUGUAUCCUGUACUUCCUGUAUGUGCUGUAUGUCCUGUCCGUCCUGUACGUCCUGUAUGUCCUGUAUGUCCUGUACGUCCUGUAUGUCCUGUAUGUCCUGUACGUCCUGUAUGUCCUGUACGUCCUGUAUGUCCUGUACAUCCUGUACGUCCUGUACGUCCUGUAUGUCCUGUACGUCCUGUAUGUGCUGUAUGUCCUGUCCGUCCUGUACGUCCUGUAUGUCCUGUACGUCCUGUACGUCCUGUAUGUCCUGUAUGUCCUGUACAGGCGCCGUUACAUUUGA